CUUGAAUAUAAAUACGGAAUACUCGCUUCUGAACAGCACACGAUCUUCUAUCGCCACGACAAUGAACAGCAAGGUUUUCUUCGUUUUGGCUGCAGUGGCUGUGGCUGCUGCCGAUAGGCGACCAUACUCCUAUUCUGCGCCACAGUUUUCCUCCGAGGAAUUCGGCCCCGCCCACUACAACUUCGACUGGAAGGUAGACCACAGUGAUUCCGGCAACGACUUCGGCCACCAGGAGGCCCGCGACGGCGACGACACCCAAGGAACCUACUACGUGCAGCUUCCCGACGGCCGCCUGCAGACCGUCAGGUUCGCUGUCAACGGCGACUCCGGAUUCCUCCCUGAGGUGUCCUACGAAGGAGAGGCUCGUUACCCUGACUCCUUCGAGUCGUUCGAGUCUCGUGAGUUUCGUGGCUACGCCCCUCCAAGGCCCGUCUACGGUUAAGGGGAUUUGGAUGAAGGAUUUCUGAUGGCUUGGACUUCUACGCGAUUUGAGGUUCUUUCAACUAUUUAUUGCACUGAUAUUAAAGGCACAUUUGCAUUGAUAUGUAAUUACACAUAUAUUUCCUUAAUAAAACUGCAUAA